UAUAAGACCCCCCAAGGUCCCACAGCAUAAAUGACUGGCUGCUCCAAAGCCUUUUUGUCCAUGUCCUCCAGAGCCUUCCCAGGCCUAAGCUGGGAGGCAAUGGUCCUCACCCUUGGAGCAGGACAGUCUGUGACCAUCCGGCCCACGCAGGCUGCCUACCACCCCCACAGGGAUUUGUUCCCAGCACCAUUCCAGAGCCUUCAGCCACCCAGGCCAUGGCUUUCACCCAGGCCUUAGCCACCAUGCUGGCACUGCUCACCGGGGUCCGGCCUCACAGCUUCAGUGAGAACUCUGAUCCUCGGCAGGCCGUCGGAGACAAGUGUGUCCACCACAGCCAGUGCUUCAGUGACUGUUGCCUCAUAGACCUGGAGAGGAGGGGGGCCUUCUGCACCUCCAAGUCUCGGAUGGGCAUGGAGUGCUUGCCCCAGACCAGGGGAACCCUGAACAUCAUGUGUCCCUGCCGAAUUGGCUUGAGCUGCCAUUCCAAGGACCCCAUGUGCCCCCGCCGGUGCCAAAUGAUCUAGAGGGAACACAGGCUGCUCACGGGCACUGCUGCUGCACCCUCCCCCAGGUGUCCCCAAGCAAGCUUGUCCUCAUUAAAGUCAC